AUGGCAACAGUGCCAGAACAAGCGUCCUCCAUGUGGGAGUUCUUGAAACUCGCCAUGGCCGAAGAUAGCACCUGGGAGGACUACGGUCUGGUGGUGACCAGACUGUGCAUAUUCUACUUCAUCUACCACCUCGCACGCCAUCAAAUCCUCUCUGCCAUCUACGAGGCAGCAGAAUACCCGGAGGCUGGCCUCCCACAACUCCAACAAGCGAUGUCACGAUAUUUGAAGGACAUCAUGAAGACCCUUCACGCGGGUGCACUGUUGCUACUCAUGGCACACGUGCUAGGAAUACCCGGAACCACCAUCGUUUGUUACAUCCUCAUCACCUUCUUCUUCCUCCAAGAGGGGCGUGGCGCCAUUACGACAAUUUACCGCCUCGUCACCCCCUUCAUGUCAAGGUGCACGCAAAAGUGCAAGGACUCUUUCGACCUCGUCGCCAUCGCCUUUGGCAUGGUUUUGGUCGCCUGGAAACUUUGCAGCACCACAUGGCACCUCCUUUGCUCUCUCAAAUCUCUCUGCGCCAAGAUCGUCAAUUGGCCACACUGGAGUACACUCAAGAAUGCCUGGGACUCAAUGAGUCGACCCGUCUUGAGGUAUCUCCAAAAGCGCAAACAAUUCGUCGCCGCCCUCGUCAAUUCAACCUCGGAACUUCUGUUCCGCCUGAGGGGCGGCCGCGAAGCCCUCAGAGCGGCGUUGCUGGACAACGCUCAGCUCCGCGAGACAAAUGCGCGGCUCGCAGCAGAGAUUGCGCGCCUUCGGUCCCAAGCGGAGCCCAAGGACAAGCGAGGGAUCUGGAUCCGUGAGCGGGUGCUCUCUGGAGAGCAGCCGCACUGGUUCCAACUCGAGCUUGUCCGCAAGCUACGUCAGGACUGUCGGGCAGCGCACAAGGAGAGCCAGCGAUGGCGGGAGGCGUUUGAGGAGCGCCAGGGCCGCAUCGCUGAGCUUGAGGCCUGCGACGGGGACGCUGAUGCGCACGUCGAGGUUGCCACCGCUCAUAGACAUGGGCGGAUCCGAGCCUUAGAGGCCGAGAAGACGGCCGUUGUCGCUUCGGCGACUUCGAAAGUCAAUGCCAUGACGACAGCUCUUGAAGCUGAGAAGGCCGAGUCUCACAAACUCAGGUCUUCUCUGAAGGCUCAAGAAGCUAAGUCUGGCGAUCUCGAGUCUCUCCUUGGAUCUGAGAAGCCAGCUUCUCAGAGACUUGGUGAGGAGGUUGCUGUGCUUCGGCGUGAGAGGGACGCCGAGUCAGCCCUCCUCCAGAAGGUGAGGAUGGAGGCUGCCCGGGCUGAACGGGCAGCAGCGGACCAGGUUCGCGGACAGAAGGACGCUGAGAUCAGCGUCUUGAAGGCACAGCUUGCGGAGGCCCAGGUCUUCGCCGCGGUUGUCGUGGUGGACACCGCAGAGAUUGGUGUCCAGACCGAUCCUGCUGUUGAGGCAUCUCCGGUGAUCCCACCGGUUGCUGUCAAUGAAGCAGGCACUCAAACCGAGUGCUUCGGUCUGGACAUCCAAUCUCAGCAAGCCGCGUCUGCGAACUUGGAGAUGGAGCUGCUCGCAAGCAAGGAGGCGCUUGGAGAGAAGGAGAAGGAGCUGGCAGCAUACCAGCAAGCAUGGAAGAAGACCUCGGACGACCUCGUCAGUUGCAAUGGGGACCUACAGAAGGCCCUAAAGGAAGCAGGGGAGCUGCGCUCUUGGAACACCAAAGGCGGCCAAGAACUGGAACAGCGCAAGCGGGACGUGGAGCAUCUCAGACAGCUCAUCAGCUACCGAGAACAGGAGGCAGCAAAUCUCCUAGAGCAGCUGAAGCAAUGCAAAGAGAGCGCCGAGCAACAGAGGCCAGUCGCGGAAGAGGUGAAAUACUGGAGAGGACGGACGGAAGCACUCUCGACAGACAUGGCGAGACUGCGUUCCGAGAACCUAGACACCAAGGCAAAACUUGCAGAGAUCCAGCAGAAGUUCGAGAACGGCGCAAAGCAAUAUUAUGCACUCCGACACGAGACAAAGCAACAGUUGGACACGAAAGAGAAAUCGUACAAGGAACUCGAACAGCAGUUGAAAGCUGAGCUCCAGAUGCGUGACAGAGAUGUCCAAGUUCUCAUGCAAAACAGCCAAGUCGAAAGCUUGCAGAAACAGGUCAUGUCCAAAGACGACGAAAUUCGCGAUUUGAGACGAGAAAUUGACCAGUACAAGUUGAAUUCCGAAGUUGCAGUCAGUACACCAAAGUCAGACCGCAUAGGAUCCUCACCCUUCCCUACACCGACCAAGACUCCCAUCACCAAGAUAUUCGAGAACAAGGUCCGCGAACAUGCAGAAGACAUGAAGAAGCACGCAAUCGAAAAGCAGCAGCUUGAAACCAGAAUUGCAGCGCAAGCGCAGGAUCUCCAGAAUCUGUGGGAUACCAAAGAACAGCUCGAGCAAGAAAAGCUUAGACUGGAGGCGGAGAACAAGAAGCUUCAAGAUCAAGUGACAGACGAAGCCAUGGACGUUGCUUUUGCCAAAGAAUUCUUCGAAGAAGAUAAAGAAGACAUUAAACAAGCCCAAGAAGCGGCUGAAAACUGGAAGACGCAGCUCGAUGAAGCUCAGGCGUCGGUCCAGAACAUGCAACUCGACUUACAGUUCAAGGAAGGUCAAGUGGACGCAGCACGCAUGCAAGCAGAUCUGUACAAGAAACAAGCACAAGAUCUCGAAGUCCAACAAGAACCGAGAGGCCAGAUCGGUAACCCACCGACGCUCUUACCAAGACCUCAGAAACGCAUUGCCAGCUCAGACAUUCAGGACGGAAAACCAAUCCAGGACACAAAGAAGAUUUUGACCAAACGUCACUAUCAAGGUGUUCUACCGUCAACAAGACUGCAGCAAGCUCACAUGGCUCAAGCUCAGCAAGGGCAAGCACCUCGGGCACCACAGGCGCAGGUGUUUCAACACCUUCAAGCGCAGAUAGUCCAUCCUCCACAAGCACAAGCAAAUCAGGCCGUAACAUCGGCAACUGAGCAAGCUGAGGAAAAUGCGGACGACUCAUCAAUCAUUUCAGAGGAGGAAUAA